AUGGAGUUCUACGAGGAGAGGGCUGUCUUAGAUGUGAUACCAGAAAUGGCAUACAAACACGUAGCAGUGACAUUAAUGUUCAAGGACGAUGAUUCCAACCAAAUUGUUGAAUCAAUCAGAAUGAUGCUUCGUGAAUCAAAUCUACGAUUUACGAUCAUCAAGAGAAAUGUCUCAAUUGGUAGGAAAUAUCGCAGUGCUGAUGAAAUUGGAAUCCCAUUCUUCAUCACUGUUGAUAAAACAAGCACCAAGGACGGCUGUGUGACACUACGACAUCGAAAUAGCGCUGAUCAAAUCAGAAUCAAAGUGGCAGCAAUCAGACAAAUAGUAGAAGAACUUGUUAGUGGUGAAAUCGGCUGGAACCGAAUGCGUCAAAUAUAA